UCUCCUGGUCCCUCCUUUCCCCCCUCCUUGAGAAGGCAAGCAAUUUGAUACAGACUAUAUAUCUGGCAUGUAUGAUUACAUCCAGUGAUAUCUACUUCAGGGGAGGCACCAAGUCCCCUCCUAGAAACAGAAAUAAGGAAACACAGGUAGGUACCAGAGGAUGAAUACAAAAGCUUGGCACAGUUCUGGAACAAGAGAGUAAGUAAGGAGAACUGAAGCUCAGAAUUAGCUGAGGCUGGCUCUGAAGGCUUAAGAGGGACAAAAAGAGCUUCUAAAGCUUUAUUGUGAAAAAAGAGGUUAACACCAGAGAAAAAGCUGCCUCCAGUUCCUUUUCUUUCAUUCCUGGCUUCCGACCUUAUCAUCAACUCUCGUGACCCUGGUUCCUUUGGUUCUCCCCCCUACCUCUGGGCACCUUUGCUCCAUCUGCAUCCAUGGCAUUUCCCCUAAUUGUGGGUGUUCCCCUAAGACUUUGCCUGGACCUCUUCCCUUCCCUUCCCUUCUCUCUCUUAUCAGCACACUGUGGGUUUGAUUAUCAUCUACAGGCAGCUGACUUCCAGGUCUAGUCUAAACUGUGGACCCAGCCAGAUCCUCUCCUGAGCUCCAUCUGCUCUUCCUCAACUGCCCACUAGAUACUUCCAACUCAAUGUCCCAAAGUUAACUUUAUCACAAUUGAUCAGAAAUUGAACUUGUUAUUUUUUUAUUCUUACGUGUCUGUCUCCCUGAUUUCCCUCCUUUUGCUACGGGUACCACCACCCUUUCCGACACUAUGCAGGACUGUUUCUUCUCCUUUGCCCCACCAAUCCAAUAAAUUCUGACUAUUCGAUAGGUUGACAAAUCUUGUCUAUUGUACACCCACAGCAUCUUUUCACUUCACUCACGAGGCCCCUUGGCUAGAUGAGGCCCUCCUGACAGGUCUCUGCCCCAAGUCUCCUCUUCCACUCCAGUCCAUCCUCCGAAUAGUUACCAAAGGGAUCUUCCUAAAGCACAGGGCCACCCGUGACACUCUCCUACUCCUUAAAACUCCAGUGACUCCCAAUUAUCUUCAGGGUCUAAAUACAAACUCCUCUGUGUGACAUUUUAAAGACUUCCACAACCCGGCUCCAAGCUACCUUUGCAGUCUUAUAAUGUAUUACUCCUCUCCUGGCAUUCAUUCUUCCACCCAGCCAGAUUGGCCUUCUCUCGCUGCUUUAGCAUUGGCCGGAAUGCUUAGAAUCCCGAGCUUCUGUCAAAGCUCAGCACCCACGAAGCCUUUCGAGGGAUCUAAGCUCCCACUCAAAUUACUUUGUAUGUCUUUCUUUUCAUACUUGUGUCUUCCAUCAAAUGCAAGCUUUUUGAGGGCAGAGGCUUCUUCAUUUUUGUCUGGCUUCCCCAGAGCCCUCCCGCAUAUAGUAGACGCUUAAUAAACGUUAAAUGGAAAGAAUGUGAGUAUGAGGGGUUGAGGAGAUGAAGGAGGGACUGCAGAAUGAGGGACCUCGGGGGGCCAUCUGGUGCAACCACCUUGUUUUACAGAUGGGGAAACUGAGGCUCGGAGAGACGAAGCGACUGGCCCCGGGUCCCAGCGCGAGUCAUCGGCGGAGGCGGGAUCCGGGCCCGGAGCUCAGCCACGGGGAGCACGGCGGGAGCUGCGCACUGCGGCUGUUGCGCCCCGCGCGCCCCGCGCUUCGCUCCGCGCGCCCCUGCCCGUGCCAAGGCCUCUGGCUGCGCGCGGGGCCGCCGACCGGCCGCCGGGCGUCGGAGGCGGGACGCGCCGUCACUGAGCGCGGCGGCGGCGGCGGAGGAGGAGGAGGCGGCGGCGGGAAGAUGGCGGAGUCCGGCGGCGGCGGCGGCGGAGGCGGGGGCGGAGGAGGCGCCGAGCCCGGCCCGGAGCGGCCCCGCAGCAUGGCUGACAAGAACGGGGCCCUCAAGUGCACCUUCUCUGCUCCAGGCCACAGCACGACCCUCCUGCAGGGACUCGCCACCCUCCGAGCCCAGGGCCAGCUCCUGGAUGUCAUCCUCACCAUCAACAAUGAAGCGUUCCAAGUCCACAAGGUGGUCUUGGCUGCCUGCAGUGACUAUUUCAGUGCCGAAGUGACCCUCGAUCUCGACUGUAUUCAGGAUGUGCUGGGAGCUGCGGUUUUCCUCCAGAUGGUCCCCGUGGUGGAGCUCUGCGAGGAGUUUCUGAAGUCGGCCAUGAGCGUGGAGACAUGCCUCAACAUCGGCCAGAUGGCCACCACCUUCAGCCUGGCCUCCCUGAAGGAGUCAGUGGACGCCUUCACGUUCCGGCACUUCCUGCAGAUCUCGGAGGAGGAGGACUUCUUGCACCUGCCCCUGGAGCGCCUGGUCUUCUUCCUGCAGAGCAACAAGCUGAAAAGCUGCAGCGAGAUUGACCUCUUCCGCGCGGCCAUCCGCUGGCUGCAGUACGAGCCCACACGCCGGCCGCGCGCCAGCCAGGUGCUCUGCCACAUCCGCUUCCCACUCAUGAAGUCGUCGGAGCUGGUGGACAGCGUGCAGACCUUGGACAUCAUGGUGGAGGACGUGCUGUGCCGCCAGUACCUGCUGGAGGCCUUUAAUUACCAAAUCCUGCCCUUCCGCCAGCAUGAGAUGCAGUCUCCGCGGACCAUCAUCCGCUCCGAUGUCCUCUCCCUCAUCACGUUUGGGGGCACGCCCUAUACGGACAAUGACCGGACGGUCAGUGGCAAGGUCUACCACCUGCCUGACCCCAGCUCCCGCCAGUUCAAGGAGCUGACCGAGAUGGAGGUGGGCUGCAGCCACACGUGUGUGGCCGUGCUGGACAAUUUUGUGUACGUCGUCGGGGGCCAGCACCUGCAGUAUCGGAGCGGUGAGGGGGCAGUGGACAUUUGCUACCGCUAUGACCCUCACCUGAACCACUGGCUUCGGAUCCAGGCCAUGCAGGAGAGCCGGAUCCAGUUCCAGCUAAAUGUGCUGUGUGGGAUGAUGUAUGCCACGGGGGGCCGGAACCGGGCGGGGAGCCUGGCCUCGGUGGAGAAGUACUGCCCUAAGAAGAACGAGUGGUCUUACGUGUGCUCUCUGAAGCGCCGGACAUGGGGGCACGCGGGGGCCGCCGCGAGCGGGAGGCUGUAUAUCUCUGGGGGCUAUGGCAUCUCAGUGGAGGACAAGAAGGCCUUGCACUGCUAUGACCCCUCUGUGGACCAGUGGGAGUUUAAGGCCCCCAUGAACGAGCCCCGUGUCUUGCAUGCCAUGGUCAGCACGAGCAACCGCAUUUAUGCCCUCGGAGGCCGAAUGGACCACGUGGACCGCUGCUUUGACGUCCUGGCUGUCGAGUACUACAUCCCCGAGGCUGACCAGUGGACGACGGUGAGCCCCAUGCGGGCAGGCCAGUCUGAAGCGGGCUGCUGCCUGCUGGAGAGGAAGAUCUUCAUCGUCGGGGGCUACAAUUGGCAUUUGAACAAUGUGACGAGCAUCGUGCAGGUGUACAAUACAGAGACGGACGAGUGGGAGAGGGACAUGCACUUCCCCGAGUCCUUUGCAGGCAUCGCUUGUGCGCCUGUCCUCCUGCCCCAGAUUGCCACAGAGGUAGCCCUGGGGAGGCCCCGGGGCUCGCGGGCCUGGGGGCGUACUGCCAUCUGCACGGGGCUUCAUGCAGCGGCUCUGUUGACCUUCUCUUUGUUUGCCAAUGACGCGCUGUGCCAAAGGCUGGGGGAGAGCAAGGGCCCAGGUCAGGAGUGUUGAUAUCUUCUCCCUGGGCUCCCUCCUCUUCCUCUCAUCUAAGAUUCUGGCAGCCGGGGGAGCUGAGAGCGCUUGCCAGGGCACUGGGCCGAACGUGUAGUGGCUGAAAAUCGCAUCCCCCCUGCCCCCUGCGCAUUGCUCGUCAUUUCUCACUAUUGUUUGUCACAAAUGAGGAGAAGCCACCAGACCUUUGUUUUAGGCUCUUGGUUUUGUUUUGCUUCUUUCUGUCCUCUCUCGGCUCUGUCGUUUCCGAAUGAGUCCACACAUGAUUUCAUUAGUGUUGAGUGGCUCCCCAAAGUUAGAGGGAUGUACUCCCCCCCCAUUCCAAGUUACUUUGUGCAUGUGUUUCUAAAAUAAAUUUAACCAAAACUUUUAGAACAUGCAGACCUCCAGGAGCAGAAAGAGACCGAAAUAGUUGAGGUUUGUGGAUGAUGAAAGUGCAUUCUUGCCUCUCAGUAAGUGCUUUUCCCUGCAGCGCCUGAGUUGCAUGAAGAUGUUUCUCUGCAGAGUGUGGUGAUGAGCUGAGGGGCCAGCCCGGUUCCCCUGCAGCGGUCACUUCCCUCUCCUGAGGGCGUCCUUCUGUGGCCUGCACCUGGCUCCCUGCCUGGCUUCAGAGCCAGCCGGACCUUCAGGCUACCCUCCUCACCCACUUUUGUCAGAGCGAAACAACAACCACAGAGACCUGUGGAGAUGGUGUAGUCCUCAAAGGCUGUUGUUGGUGGGUGUUUGUUUUCAAAAUUCCCCAACAUGUGCUGGAUGGGGUCUUCAUGGGGAGAAGUGGAAUGCAUGGAGAAGCUUGUCCCCCAGGCCCUGGGCCAGUCAUUCUCCUGGGAGAGUAUGUCUGAUUUUCUUUUGGUGACCUUCCCAUGUCCCCUUUGGGUCCAUGCCCUAUUGAAUUCUACUUCCUCCUCCUCCUCAUCUUCAUAAUUAGGACCAACCAUUCAUAUUUUGAUAGCUCCCCAAUGUUUACAGAGCACCGUGUUUGCGACCACUGGGUGAGCAUGAGUAUUUUUAACCCCAUUUUAUAGAUGGGGAAAUGGAGGUUCAGGAAUGAGGAAGUCGCCUUUCCAGUCAGGUGGUUAGUGAGUUGCUGUCUCAGAACUUGAACGCUGGACCCUGCACUCCAAGAGCCCAGCUGUUUCUUCUCUCUUGCAAUCUCCUGUGGUGUGGUGGACAGAAUUCCUUUGUCUUGACUUCUUUUUCCAUGAGGAUUCCAGCCCAUUUCUCAGCCACCUCUGUGUCAUCGGCUGAGACUCCAAAGGACGGACACUGAUGUCUUCUAAAUAAAGACUUGUAUCCUCUUGAGGUCAUUUCAGAUGUCUACUUUGCUACUGAUACUUAUGGGAUAAAAUCUCUUUGCAGCCAGGUACCAUAGAAAGAAGGCAUCUCCUUCUGUCUGCUGGAGCAGCUGUUUGAUGCCCCCCCCCUCCCCCGGUCUUUCCAAUGUUUUUGCUUCCUGAGAAGCAGGGACAUAGCAGGAUUACCUCUGAAAGGUUUGCUGAUGCUUGGCCACAGCUAUUCCUCUUGCCCCUCUCAGCAUGUCGGGGAUCCUCGUCGCCCGUGCCAUGGAAGGAGAGGUGGUCGGGGGAGCCCCUGCCUGGCUAGGGGGCACCGACUAUGCAGCUGCAGCUGUCAUAGCAAUCUCUGCCAACUUUUGGAAAAUGCAGUCAAAUAAAAUUCUUAUCCAAGGGUGAAAUCU